CUUGGUGGUUACAUAGGAGUCACCCAGUGAUUGGGUGGUAUUGCAGCGAUUUGAAUCUAUCUCUCAGCGGUCAAGAAUCAGAGAAGAGCCCGAAGGGCAAUAAAAAUAACAUCAGAAUGGGCUACGCUCUCUGUGUUUUGGCCGUUGCCUGCGCCUUGGCCGCCUAUGCAUCUGGCGUCGAUCCAAGCAAUUUCAAGACAUGCGAACAAAGCAGCUUCUGUCGCCGCUCGCGGAAGGUGCAGAGCACGGGCAGCAAGUAUGCUCUCAUACCAGGCACCUUGAACUCCUACAUGGACUCGCUGACGGGCGAUCUGAUUAACAAGGAAAACCACCAUCUGUUCUCCUUCAAGCUGGAGGCCCUGGCGGGCAGCACGUUCCGCCUGCAGAUCGACGAAAAGCAGCCGCUGCGACCCCGCUAUAAGGUUGAGCAUGCCCUGAAGGGACAGCCCGAGGCCGGGCACAUUCACGUCCACAAAGAGACCGAUGGUGAGAUCAUCAUCACUUCAAAACACACCAAGGCUGUCAUACACGGAGAUCCCUUCCAUAUUGAUUUCUACGAAAACGAUGUUUUGGUUGUGUCCGUCAAUUCCAAGAACUGGCUUUACUUCGAGCAUCUGCGCCAGAAGCCCAAAGAGCCGACCGAGCACCGCGAUGGCGAUCAGGAGGACCAGGACGGUGCUGUCGAGACACCAAAAUUAUCCGACUCAAUCGACGACCCCGGCGCCUGGGAGGAGAACUUUAAAUCGCAUCACGACUCCAAGCCCUACGGCCCAGAGGCAGUGGCCCUAGACUUCUCCUUCCCCGCUGCUGAGGUUCUCUUUGGCAUACCCGAGCAUGCAGACAGUUUUGUAUUGAAAUCGACGUCUGGCACGGAUCCCUAUCGUCUGUACAAUCUAGAUGUUUUCGAGUACGUUGUGGAUAGCAAGAUGGCCUUGUAUGGCUCAGUUCCGGUGAUCUACGGCCAUGGAGCACAACGCACUGCUGGCGUUUAUUGGCAGAAUGCAGCAGAGACCUGGGUGGACAUCCAGACGUCAGAGACAAAUGUUGUCUCUUCGCUAGUUAACUUUGUUUCCGGCUCCAGGAAAACACCUCCGCCGGGGGCUCAUUUCAUAUCCGAAUCGGGCAUAGUCGAUGCAUUCAUCCUGUUGGGUCCCAAGCCAUUGGAUGUCUUCAAGCAGUACGCGGCCCUCACCGGCACCCAUGAGCUGCCGCAGCUUUUCUCACUGGCCUACCACCAGAGUCGCUGGAACUACAAUGACGAGCGAGAUGUGACCGCGGUAUCGGCCAAGUUCGAUGAGUUUAAUAUACCCAUGGACACCAUGUGGCUGGACAUCGAGUAUACCGAUGGCAAGCGCUACUUCACGUGGGACAAAUUCAAGUUCCCCCAGCCGCUGACCAUGAUCAAGAAUCUCACCGAGCUGGGCCGUCAUCUGGUGGUUAUUAUCGAUCCCCAUAUCAAACGAGACAAUGGCUACUUCUUCCACCAAGACUGCACAGAGAAGGGCUACUAUGUAAAGACGCGGGAGGGCAACGAUUACGAGGGCUGGUGCUGGCCGGGAUCUGCCAGCUAUCCGGACUUCUUCAACCCGGACGUGCGGCAGUACUAUGCCAGCCAGUUUGAUACAUCCCGGUUCCAGACGGUCACCACAGAUGUGAUGUUGUGGAACGACAUGAACGAGCCGUCCGUCUUCAAUGGUCCUGAGAUAACGGCACCUAAGGAUCUAAUUCAUUAUGGGAACUGGGAGCACCGCGAUGUCCACAAUCUCUACGGCCACAUGCAUUUGAUGGGCACCUUUGCCGGCCUCCAGCAGCGCGAUCCGAACCAGCGUCCCUUUAUUCUCACUCGGGCCCACUUUGCUGGCUCCCAGCGUUAUGCGGCCAUCUGGACGGGUGACAACCUGGCCGACUGGACGCAUCUGCAGCAUUCGAUCAAGAUGUGCCUGACAGAGGCCGUGGCCGGAUUUUCUUUCUGCGGUGCCGAUGUCGGGGGAUUUUUCGGCAAUCCCGAUAGCGAGCUGCUGGAGCGCUGGUAUCAGACCGGUGCCUUUCUACCCUUCUUCCGUGCCCAUGCUCAUAUCGACACCAAGCGCCGGGAGCCAUGGCUCUACCCCGAGCGCACUCGUCUUGUCAUUCAAAACGCGAUCAGGAAGCGCUACUCAUACCUGUCGCUCUGGUACACCGCAUUCUUCGAGCUAGAGCAGACUGGGGCGCCGGUGAUACGCCCAUUGCUCACACACUAUCCGUUCGAUAAGGAGACCUUUGGCAUCGACAACCAACUGCUGGUACAGGAUCGCCUACUGGUCAAACCGGUCAUGCAGCAGGGUGUCAGCAAGGUAGAUGUAUACUUUCCGGCCAUCGAUGAUAAGAAAAACGGAGACUUGUGGUACGAUGUGGAAACGUAUGAGCGUCAGGACCGUGUCGGUUAUGUGACUGUUCCUGUUACUGAAUACAAGAUUCCAGUUUGGCAACGCGGUGGCAGCAUUCUGGCCAAGAAGGAGCGCCAGCGUCGGGCAUCAACUCUGAUGCUACACGACCCCUACACUUUGAUCAUUUGCCUGGAUCGCGACAGAAAAGCUGUCGGCACACUCUACCUGGACGAUGAGAAAUCCUACGCUUAUCGUGAGGGCCAAUACAUCUAUGUGAGCUACGAAUUUGCCGACAAUCAGCUAACCAACAACUUCAUUGGCAAGCCCAAGUACAAGUCCGAUGCCUGGAUUGAGCGCAUCGUCAUUGCCGGACUUGAGCGUGUGCCCAGCGGUGCCAAGAUCACCGUCAACGGAGUACAACAGUCGCUUGAGGUGACGCGUCAAGGGGGUGCCGUGGUCGUGCGCAAACCGGCCGUUAAAAUGGACAUUGACUUCGUCCUCACCCUGAACUAUGAAUAGUUUGUCUUCAGACUAGUAUUAACUGUAUAAACUACACAAAUCUGAUAUUUCUGUUAAACGAUUUAAGUAACCCAAACUGCAAGUCAGUCCCAUCUGCCUAGCAGUAUUAUUCCAUGUAGAAUAAAUUUGAAGAUUUCCGGUCCUUUUUUUUAUAUCUAAUCGGAUUACGAUUAGACUGUUCUGUUCUGCGACUCAGCUCGAAAUCCAAUGUUCGAUAAUAAAAACAGGUUUUUAAGAAGACA